ACUAUUACAUGCUUUCUUCUUGAUGUUGAUAAAAAUUCACUAUGUGAAAUUUAAUAUUGCAAGACUGUUGUUAAAAAGACCAGUAUUAUGAAAAAAAUUCAUGCAAAUAAAGGCAAAAACGCAAGUUUAUUCUGUACAACUUUCAAAACAACACAAGACUACAUAAUCUUUGAAAACAAUUUUUUGAGCAUGCAAGUAUUUUAUUUUUCAUCUUCACAGCCAAAAUUACAAACUGCAUUAGUUUAGGUUUUAUUUUACAACUACUUGUCUAUUUGAUCUUUUGUAGUUUUAAUACUUUUUUUGAACCUGUGCUUUUUUGUAUUUUGCUCCAUAUAACUUCCUUUUGGCUAAUUUUUAUCUUUUAUAAAUCAGUUAUAUUAUCUAUGUAAUUCUACUCAAACAUUAUAUUAUAAAGGUGAAAUGGUAAAAGAUGAUUACAACAAGCAAGGUGGAAAAGGAAAUGAAAGAUCGCACAGAUAUAGUGUUGAGCGAAAAACGAAAAAUGCUUUUGGGAAAACCAGUAACUCUGAUGAGAGUAAAGGCAACAAAGGGGAACUAGACGAAACAAAAAACAAGGAAGGUGAAAAACCUAAAGAUGUGGAAGAAAAGCCAGUUGAAGACAAACAGCAGGACGAAUCAGAGAAGGAAAAUAAUAAUGAAGAGGAAAUGGAAAAUAUACGAUUGGAGGAAGAAAAGAAAUUAGCAAGUGACACUAAAUCAACUGCUGAAGAGAGGAUAAACAAUCGUAUGGACCUCCGAAAGAAAAACACGGAUGCUCCACAAAACAGACCAGCAGAAGGAUUCUUCAAGCAACUAGAAUCAUCAAUGAAAAAGAAUACAGCAUUUGUUAAAAAACUGCGAUCAAUUAAUGAACAACAAAGAGAGUCAUUAAUUGCCGAAUUCAAUGCCUUGAACUUGAGUAAGUUUAUCCAAGAAGCUGUAACAUCAAUUGUUGAAGCAAAACUAAAGGUUGCUGAUGUCAGCGCUGCAGCAUAUAUUUGUUCAUUAUUUCAUCAACGUUAUGCUGACUUCACCAGCCUUUUUAAGCGCUCAUUUAUAAAACUUUUUGAUGUUAUUAAUUGUAAGGAAGAAGAAAAGGCAGGUAACAUAUCACGCUUGCGCACUGCAUUAAGAUUACUUGGUGAGCUUGUCCUUGAUGGUUUUUACAAUUCGCUUGAUGAAGGUGUUCAAAUUCUUCUCAACACAAUACAAGCUGUUGUCACAGCGGACAAAAACUCAUUUACAUACGCUCCAAUCAUAUUAACAACCGUUAGACAUUGUGGUGAAGAUUUGGCAGGGAUUGUCCCACGAAAAUAUAGAUGCUGGAAAGAUAAAUUAAACAUAGACAUUCCCAUGCUUAAAGUACUCACCCCAGACCAACAGUCUAUGUUUUUAUGCUUGUUUAAAGAGUACUACGAAAGCAUGGCACAAUAUAUUGUAAAUAUGCAUAAAGAUUUACAAAACAGAGACCGUCAAAAUCGACAAACCAUAGGAUUAAAAGGUGAAUUACCAGUAGAACGCAAAGAAGCUUUUGAGAAAGCUCAAAAAGUUUUCGAUAAACUUUUAUCUUCUACUACAUCUUUAGCUGAACUGCUUGAUGAAGAUAUGCCUGACUUGCCAGAAGAUCAACUGGAAGAAAGAGAAGAACUUGGGACUGUCAAUAUUUUUACACCAGUUAGAGGUGUUGAGUAUGAUUCUGAAAACGGACUAUGGGAAGAUGAAGAUACAAGAACAUUUUACGAGAACGUGAAAGAUUUGAAAGUAUUGGUACCUCAGAUUCUGUUUAAAGAGACACCAACAUCAUCGAAUCAAAAGAAAAAUCAAAAGCAUGACAAAAAGAAAACAAAGGAAAGAAAACUUCGAGUAGAUUUAAAUGUUGAUGAUUCUAUGGAUUACAAUGACUACGAAGAACUUGACGAUAAUUAUGAACAGGAAAUUGUUGGUGAUGAUGGAGACGACGAUGAGCCUGUUGUUGUUGGCAUGGCAGCAGUAGCAGAAGCGUACUUUCAGAAGCUACCUACAUGUGUUAAUCGGGACUUUAUUGACCAAGCUGCAGAGGAGUUUAUAAUGAAACUAAACACUAAAGGAAAUCGUAAAAAAUUAGUUCGUACUUUGUUUACAGUCAAUAGAGUAAGGCUAGAUCUACUCCCCUUCUAUGCAAGACUUGUCUCUACACUUUCGCCUUGUUUACCUGAUAUUGCUACAGAUUUAGUGUGGUUGUUAAAGGGAAGUUUCCGUUCACAUUUACGAAAGAAAGAUCAAAUGCAUACAGAAUCAAAAGUGAAGACAGUCAGAUUUAUAGGUGAAUUGACAAAGUUUAAAGUUUGCCCAAAGGCAGAAGCACUUUAUUGUUUAAAGCUGCUACUGGACAAUUUUACUCAUCACAAUAUUGACAUGGCAUGUAAUUUAUUGGAAACAUGUGGUAGAUUUCUUUACCGUUCACCAGAAUCCUAUCCACGGAUGUCAGCUCUUCUUGAACAAAUGAUGAGGAAGAAGUCUGUUCAAGCUUUCGAUAGCCGCUAUUCAACCAUGAUUGAAAAUGCUUUUUAUUAUUGCAACCCACCAGAACGUCAAAAGGUUCAAAAAAAAGUCCGACCUCCCAUUCACGAGUAUAUUCGAAAGCUUCUUUAUAAAGAUUUGACAAAAACGACUACAGAGAAAGUUCUCCGUCAAAUUCGUAAGCUGCCAUGGAAUGAUGAAAAGGCUAGAGACUACGUGGUCAAAUGUAUGACUCAUGUUUGGAAUGUCAAGUUUAAUAAUAUCAGAUGUUUAGCUAAUAUGUUGUCUGGACUGGCUGAAUAUCAUGAUGACGUAGCUGUCCAUGUGAUUGAUGGAGUGUUAGAAAAUAUACGUCUUGGAAUGGAGACCAACAUAUUUCGCGACAACCAACGUCGCCUGAGCAGUAUCAAAUAUCUUGGUGAGAUGUACAACUAUCAGCUCAUCGACAGCGAUAUCAUCUUUCAAAAUUUAUACCUGCUUAUAACAUUUGGUGGAAGUCUCGAAAUGAGUUUGUCCACGCUUGACCCUCCGGAGCAUUUGUUUCGUAUUCGUUUGGUGUGCACAGUACUCGAAACUUGUGGUCAGUACUUUGAUCGCGGUACAUCCAAGAAAAAGUUGGAUUGUUUUUUGGUCUAUUUCCAGUGCUACAUAUGGCAGAAAAAGGAGAGUGGUUACUGGAACGACCAAUUACCCUUCCCCAGAGAUGUUGACUACAUGAUAGUUGAUAGCAUAGAGGGGUUGAGACCGAAAUUGAAUUUUUACACAUCACUAGAAGAAGCAAACGCUGCUGUUGUUGAGUUGAACAAAGAAUACGAAGAUAAAAUUAAGGCAUUGGCUGUUGUAAAUGAUGAAAGUGAAUCUGCUGAACUAAACAACUCAGUGCACUCAAAUUCAAGCCUACCUUCAAGUCCUUAUGCGGAAUCCCCUAUAGCGCGUUCUCCUGGAGUUCAUUCCCAGUCUUCUCAGGAUGAAGAAGAAAUAGUGUCUGGUAUUGAGUCUGGGAACGAAGAUGAUGAAGGUGGCAAUGAACUUCAAAAUGGAGAACAGGAAGAUAUGUUUCUUAUGGAGAAUGAAGACGAGGUACAUUUACGUGAAACACCAAAAUAUGUUGAUUGCCAUGAAGAUGAUAUUUUCCGGAAAGAUUUUGAUCGCAUAAUGGGCGAUAGCAUCACGGAACGGUUGCAUGACAAUAUGAAAAUACCCAACGUUGAUAUUGCUAUUCCGAUGAAUCUAAAAGGUAAACAAAAGAAGAAGAACAAUACGAACGACACAAACGACUCGAACGACAACAACAGUGUUAACUUCGUGCUCAUGAUGAAGAAGAACAACAAACAAGUGCUGCGAGAUUUGCAAAUCCCUGUCACGUCAGACCUUGCUGCUAACAUCCGAAACAAACAGUUAGCAGAACGAGCAGAACACGAAGAAAUGAAACGACUUGUGCUUGAUUAUAACCAACGUCAAGAAGAAGAGUCGUAUAACGAGUUGAUGUCGCAGUUUCGAACUCCGAAGAGAGGUGGUGGACAUUAUCGUCAACAAUCCUCUGGAAAUAAAAACCAACGUGGAGGAUCUCGAUUAAGAUCACGUGAUGCAGAACAGCAUCUGUUCAGUCCCUCUAACAGACGCUAGAUAGACAUAUCCUCAGAAGUUUCCAAGAUUCAGUGAGAAUUUUCAACGUUCCUGUUUGCCAAUUUCCUUAUAUGGUGUUUUAGUUGCCAUGUUACUAGCAACCGCAAGAAGUUGAUUGGUUGCGAAAGAAGUCAUGAUAAAUUCACUUUUAUGACGUAAUGUAAAAUCGAAUGUUUACAAAAACUGUUACAAGUCUUUUUUUUUAGUAGUUUGUAGAAAGACAAAUAAUUUGAUAGUAUUAUUUUGUGUGUAUUUUUUGUUUGCUUGAAAUAAAUAUGCGAUAGA